AUGCUUUUAACUUUUUUUCAAUUACUCUGGUGUUGCUCCUCACUAAUGUUAUAAUUUGUUGAAGAUGACAAAGCUAAAUGUUUAGAUGGUACCUUAGGAUCUUAUUACUUUCAAAAGGGAUCUGAGGAAGGGUAGAAUAAAUUUAUCGUAUUUUUCGAGGGAGGAGAAAGGCUUAUUUUAGGAAAUACAGAAGAAGAAUAUUUAAUGAAUGCUGUUGGAAAGAUGCAAACCUAACAAGGAAGUUCAUUAAAUAGAGCUAGUGCAUUUGAAUUUGAUGGAAUGCUAUCAUAAGAUAAACAGAAAAAUUACUAUUUCCAUUCAUGGAAUUUAAUCCAUAUAAAUUAUUGCGAUGGAGUUGGUUUUUAAGGUUAUAAAUCGGAUUAAGUUAAUUAUUAAUAGCAUUUAUUAUAUUUUAGAGGUGAAUUAAUAAUAAGAAGCAUUUUUGACCAUUUCAUGACUAAAUUUUAAAAAGCUGAAAUAAUUACAUUAUCUGGUUGCUCAAUCGGCGGAGUGGCAGCUCUAUAAUGGGAAUAGUAUUUAACAUCAAGGAUUCCAGAAAAUAUCCCAAUUUUAUUUGUCCCUGACUCAAGCAUAUUAUUCGAUAUACAAUCCAUUGAUGGAAUUAAUUUAUUAUAAUAAUCAUUGAAGAUUAUGAAUUACAUUGCUAAUUAUGAAACCUAAGUUCCUCAUAGUAAAUGUGCAAACAACUAUCCAAAUCAGAAUUGGAAAUGUUUGUAUUUCUAAAAUCUAAUAAAUUUUAUUUAACGACCAGUAUUUAUUAUUUAACCCUUUUACGAUUAAAAUUUUCUAUACAACUAUCUCGACAUCAAAUGUAUAAAAGAUUAAACCUUGGAAAAUUGUUAAAAUAAUGAAAUGGAUUUUAUUGAUCUGGUUUAUUCAAAAUUUCAUCAAAUAAUUAAAGAAUCACUUAUUAAAAAUUCAAAUACUGGCUCUUUUGUUCCUAGUUGUAUUUCAAAUUGUUUAUUUGUAAGUUAAUUGUCAUUUUCUCGAAGUUGGACGAUCCCUGAAGGAUCGAAUAGGACAGCCUAUCAAACUUUAGUCAAAUGGGUAGAAAAACAAAAAUUAAAUUAAAAUCAUCAAGGGGAUUUUGGGUUGAUUGAUUAAGUUCCCUGGCCAAAGAACUCUGCCUGUGCUGAAUUAUCAUUACUAAGCUAAAUUAAAUUGAUAUAUAUAAUUCUAUAGGUUAUAAGUAUUACUUUUUUUUGA